GAAACUUUAUUUUUAAGAGUGUAAUAAUUCUUUAAAAUAAGGUCUUAUAAAAAUCAGAUUGUAAACCCAAACAACCCAACUGACCCCCGUGUCCUCAUGUAAUGUGAAAGUUCUCAUGCUUUUACAUUUUCUGGGUGUGAAAAAAAUCUUUUAAGUUAACAUUUGACACGUACCAGAACCUGAAGGUGGACAUUUUUAUAAUUAUACUAAAAGGCCUUUUACUUACUAUGGUAUACUAUAUUAAGUAAGCUAUCAGACAGAAGGCAUGUAGAAGACUGUGUACAACAGGUUUUUCAGCAAAGUUUUGUCUUAAUAAUUUAGAGGCUUUCGAAAUAUGUGUAUCAAAUACGAUAUGUAGGCUUUACAAGGUUAAAGUCUCAAAACAGUUCAGGUGAAGAAACCUCUUUUCAAAAUAACUCGGUAGACAAAAACUCCAUAAAACAGUUUUAAAAGUUGAAUGUGAAAAUUACAUCGGGCCUAGGACCAUUCUACAGUGUGUGUUUUCACAGGCUUAUUUUCAUCCACAUAAAAUUCAAUUAAAUAUAAAACAAUUCAACCCCGAUUAAGAUCUAUUGUAUUAGAUUAAGUUAUUGAGUCCAAGAAUAGUUUUGUUUUUGUUUAUUGUGAAGUUUGUUCAUAAUAUGUUAUUAAUAAUGGUUGUUAAGCUACCAUAACUAAUGAGUGGCCUUCUGCCAUAAAUAGUGGAUCUUGAUUUGUCUCUCAUUCUAACUGCAUUGAACUUUAACAAGGUUUCUCUUCGCUGAGGGUACAAGUACAACAAGUACAACAAGUACAACAAUGAGACCGUGUCACCGAGGGUAAAACCAGUCACUUCUUUGAAUUGGGAACAUUAGUCAGAAAGGUAUCGUAUGUCUGAACUCCCAGAGACUGUACAGCAUGUGCUAAUGAGUUUUAAAGCACAUGAAACAGUGAUCCCAGCUAAGCUGGUUUGCCAACCACCAUUAAACACAUAGACAUGGUGGAAGACAAGUGGUUUACAAAAAGGGAAAAAGAAUUCCAAACAGGUUUGGAGAAAGUUUAAAAGGGAGGGUACAAGACAGAUAGUUAAGGUUAGGGGUAGGGUUUUCCUAUGUCUUUUCUCUGUAGAUCCUAUCCCUUAGAGAUCGCCAUCCUGCAGCUACACCCUCCGUUUAAAGGAAUCAGAACAAGAAUAAGAACACAGCAAAGAUGUCCAAUUCCAGAAAAGUGGUCAAGUUGUACUAUGAUGUCAUCUCUACUUAUUCCUGGCUGGCAUUUGAGGUGCUGUGUUGCUAUAGAAAUGUUUGGAACAUCGACCUCAAAUUCAAACCGGCAUUUUUAGGAGGAGUCUUUCAUGGUUCAGGUAACCAGAAACCUGGAUUGGUCCAAAAUAAGUUUUGUUACAUGGUCACAGAUUUGAAGCAGCUGUCUGAGUUCUUUGGAGUCCGUGUGAAUCCACCUUUGCCUUGUAAAAAAGGCACUUUGAAUGUGAUGCGUUUUGUGACAGCUGUAGAUGAGAAAGAAAAAGAGAGAGGCGUGCUGGUGGAAAGGGUGUCUAGAGAGCUCUGGAAGAAUAUCUGGUGCACUCAUCAGGACAUUACCCACCCUGCCACACUCACUGAGGCAGGAUUAAAGGCAGGUCUCUCAGCCAAUGAGGUGGAGGAACUUCUAAUCCUUUCCAAAUCUCAGCAAAUCAAAGACAAGCUGAAAAAUGUGACAUAAGAAGCACUGGACUAUCAAGUCAGUGCCUUUCACUUGUGUUUUUACACCUUUUGUCUUUUCAUAAAUGAUAAAACGUAAGUUAUGAAUAUAACUAUGGAUCUGUGAGACCGAAGGAUGACCGUCACUACGGUCUUAAUAGUAUGAUAACCUUCGUUCUGCCUUCUCUCGAGACCUUAUGUAAACAAAGUCAUGCCCAUGACCCUGGAGGCGGAGCUUUCCGCACUAUAAAAAGCGGGAUAAACUUCCAGCUCAUUUUCUUACCUUGAACGCCUAGUGUUCUGAGCGACAAGGAUAGUGAUGGUCAUCCUUCGGUCUCACAGAUCCAUAGUUAUAUUCAUAACUUACGAUCUGUUUCGACCUCACUCUGACCGUCACUACGGUCUUAAUAGGAUGACCUAUACCAAAAGGGUCGUGAGGAACAGAAGAAUUAGAUUUUCCUAAAUCUCGCUGGGCAACAGACAUCAGAACUGCAGUGCUCACAGGUGCUGCACGGUUACAUUAAUUCUAUAAAUCUCAAUAGUGUACAUGAUGUAGUAGACCAUGAAGUUGCCACACAAAUAUCUCCCACAGAACUCCUUUUAGUGCAGUGGGGUUGUGGUUCAUCGUGAGAGUGGGCUCGUAUUCCUGUAGGAAACGAAAACCCCCUUUCAGCAUAGGUUUAAGAAAUAACAUCGACUACCCAAUGUGACAAAUGCUGUUUAGACAGCAGCAACCCCUCCCUGGCCUUACUGUAGUAGAAAAAAAGCUGAAGAUUAGCUUUCCUCAAAGACUGAGUACAAUUACAUAGUACGCAAUGCCCUCACUGAACACAGGUUAAGAACACAGGUUAAGUAACUGCUCCUGUUCUGCAUGUGAGGAAAUGGUUAACAUUGAACCACCUCCAGUACCUAAAUUGUAACUGGGGCUUAAAUAUUUUUGGCAAAAAUGCAGGGUUAGGCUAAGUGACACUCCCGUGCCAUCUGCCUUCCACCGCUAACAAUCUCCACUAACAGAGAGAGCACAGAGCUCUCCUACCUGCUUAGCAGAGCAGAGAGCCAAGAGAAAAUCCAUUUAGAGAGACAUAUUUCAAUCUGUUUUCACAAUAGGCCAUACUGGGACUUAGUGAGAGAGUUAAAUACAAGAGGCAAGUCCGAACUUGGUGUCCGCAGAGUACGGUCUGGACACAGGUCAACUCCUUUUGGAAACGUACUUAUUAAAGGAAGUCGGCCUAAUAGCUGGUCAUUGGCCCUUCAUGAAAUGCUUAAAUAACCAAGGCAUAACCCUUGUUUGUACUGGCUGCCUUGCCUUGAUCCAGUUGAAACUGUAAAAAAGAAGGACAAGUGGCAGAGAACUGAGUCCACCUUAGUGUUCACACACCAGUUUGAAAUUUUUUUUUUCCAGCUUAGAGAGUAAUUGGCCCGAAUAGAUGAGACUCUAGUAUUGCUCAGUGUCUCGUGUGUCAUCUGACUGUUGAGAGACAGACUCCACAGAGACCAUACCCACAAGUGCAGAGCAGUCAGGUUUGGAUGCCAAAUCUGUCCGUCUGUCUGUGACAGAAGAUUCGUUCGAGCUGGCAGCUGCCAUGGGCAGUCUUGUAUCAGUCGAAUCAGGUCUGGAACCAUGGCCUUCCUGGCCAGCAUGGAGCCACCAUCAGCACAGAGUAAUGACCCUCCUUGAUCCUCUGAAUGACUUGAGGAAUCAACGGAAGAGGGGGAAAAGCAUACAACAAUCCUGUUGGCCAUUCUUGAGAUUUUGAGAACACCUAGGCCAGAGCAGUCCUCCUGUAUCUAUAAGGGAGUACCAUUCCUGACAAUGAGUUGUUUCCCUGGAUGCAUAAAAAUCGAUCUGGGCUUCCCCAUAACGGGUUCAAAUUUGACCCUCUACUUUGGGUGUAAGCGCCACUCUCCUGGGAGAGGCCCUGUCCUGGACAGGAUAUCGGCUGCCACAACUGGGAUGUGAAUUGUUCUCAGAGAUGCUAGACGGGGCAAUGCCCAAGUCAGUAGCUACUAAGUCACCUGGAGACUGUACAGCGUAGCGACUUCGUCCCACCCUGGUGAAUUAUAUGAUACACCACAGAGGUGCUGCCUGUUCUCACUAACACAUGCUUGUGAUGAAUGAACUGUAGCAACCCCUUGAGGCAAGAAACUGCCUUUAGUUUGAGCACAUUUGUGUGUUCCAAAGACCAAUGGAGCUUUCACGUGCCCCUAAAUGACCAGCCCUCCCAGACAGCUCUCCAGCCUGUCAGUGAUGCAUCUGUUGUGAUCACUGCUCUUCUGUGAGGAAGAACUCCUAGUGGAACUCCUCUGAGAAGAACGUCUCUGUUCCUCCAGGGGAGCAGAGCCUUCAUGCAGAACUGUGUCACCAACAGCUUUACUCCUUUGUCUUUAUUGGAUGGAGAUUAAAUGAAUUAAACCAACUGUAUGCCACGCGCUCUCAACAGGCCCAGAAGGAUCACCACUGAUGCUGUUGCUAUCAGCCAAAACAACUUCUGUAAUUUGUGCGCAUUCACCUGCGGAGUCAGUUUUCCUGACUGGAAAUGUCUUAAUGCUUUUCCCAGACUGUUGGCCCUCUGAGGUGAGACGUGCAUUCAUUGUCACAGAAUCAAAAUGGAUCCAGAGAAAGUUCACUUGUUGUCGAGGCUGAAGACUGCUGUUCUUCCAGAUUACAGUGGAACCAAGGGAUUGAAUAUGGGCCAGUACUUUCUCGGUGUCCAUUACUCCUUGAUUUAGACUGGGGAUGCAGAUCAACCAAUCGUCUAGAUAUGGAAGAAUUUUGAUACCCUGUAACUGAAGGGGGGCUAAGGCCUGAGACCAUUCGAGUAAUACUCUUGGUGAAUCAUUUUGAAUGAGAGUACCUUUAAAUAUUAUUUGAGACUCAUGAGGUUGGGAAUGGGCCGGUAACCACCCAUUUUUUCCCAAGUGUGGAGUAACCCCCUUUUGCUGUGCGCUGGGAGGCACCUCUGAAAUGGCUCCUUUUUUUUCAACACACUUUGAACUUCCUCCACCAAUACUGGCUCCAAAAAGGGUAUCCUUAU